UUACGUUCUCUAACAAUAAAUCGCGAGGCCAUGAUCGAUGAAAGAACCCCGCUAACAACGGGCCCCCCGUCUCCCUCGCCGUUCGUUUCGGGACCAUCGGGAACUGUGCACCAUCUGAAGGCACACGAAACCUUACGCGAAAGGCAGGUUCGCACGUUCCAGUGUUGGAUAUGUUCCGCGAUACUCGGUGCGUUUGUGCUGGCAGUCGUGAUCAGCAUCAGUUACAUCAUAUUCGGCGAUGCAACGAAACCGCCGUUCGACGAAGGAAACACCACGGCAGCGGAAUUUCCAGAGCUUUUGAAUCUCAUCAGCUUUCCACUGGCCGAUGAGCCAAUCCCUGACUGGAACGGAAUGGAAGUCAGUGAGGACGACAAAAUGGCCGCCAUUGCCGAAGGUGAAAAAGCGCUCGGGGACAAGGAACUGUUGGAAGAGACCCUUUCCUCGCCACCGGUGAAGUCUCCUUCGUUUCGGCAUCAGAAAUCCAUUGGUGCUACGGUGGCUGCUCGAAUGGCGGCCAAGUUGGGAUUCGUUGAAGAUCGCGCCACAAAGGCACUGGUAAAGAGGAUUGACUUACGCCGCAGAGGAUGCGUAGGACGUGGUCCCGAGAUCAACGUGCCACGGAUGCAGUACAAGGCACAAUGUGACUUCAACUCCCGUUACCGGAGUGCCAACGGGACGUGUAACAACAAGGAACACCCGUAUGAGUACGGUAUCGCCAUGAUACCGUUCCGUCGUCAGUUAAACCCGGACUACGCCGAUGGAAUCUCGGCACCACGAGUUGCCCGCGAUGGUGCUGAGCUGCCCAGUGCGCGACACGUUUCACUAGACAUCCAUCGCCCUUCCUACCACAACGAUCCAUCCUUUUCCGUGAUGCUCGCCGUCUGGGGUCAGUUCCUUGAUCAUGACAUCACCUCAACGGCGCUGAACCAGGGCGUCAACGGGAAGCCAAUCGAAUGCUGUGACCCUGGGCAACCGCAGCAUCCAGAAUGUUUUCCCGUUCCGAUUGGACCGGGCGAUCCAUACUUUCACCAGUACAACGUGACGUGCAUGAACUUUGUGCGUUCGGUGCCGGCACCGACUG